CUGGUAGAUUGAGCAGCUUCCGCAUUUUAAAGGAUUUUGUAAGUUCUGUCUUGACAAAAUUCAGAUCCGUGUGAUGAAGGAUUAUAAACUGGAAUUAGAAUAUUCAGGAAGAAGUUGCACUGACGCAAGAGGGAAUCAUGUUACAAAGAUUUGUGAAUAUUGUCUUCUAGAGUUCUCUUCACAACAUCCAGCUUCACAUAGUGAUAUCAGAUUUCAUCUCUCCUCUCAUCAUAAUACACUAGAAGAUCAAGUUUAUUCUUGUAAAUGUGGAAGAACAUUCAGUAAAAAAGGAUCAAGAAACUUUCAUUAUAAAAGAUGCGAGAGCAGUAGCAUAGCCGAGCAACAGAACAUUACAUGCGAGUAUUGUGGAAAACUAUUGAAGAAUUUAAACAGAUUAAAUCUACACAUGAAGCACUGUAAACGGGAUGUAAUGUGCGAGUUGUGCAGUAAACUGUUCUCUACGGGUAGAAAACUAGAAGAGCACAUGUACGCUGUACACGGAGACACUACAUGCAGUGUACAAGGCAAGCGGGAAUAUCCAUGUGACGAAUGUGAUAAAGUAUUUCGGAAGAAAUAUAAUCUGGAAUCUCACAAACUCAUGCAUUCGGACUUUAAACAGUUUCUCUGUGACGUAGAGGGUUGUGGACGCCGAUUUAAACGACAUGUAACCCUUCGUCAGCAUAUUGAUUCUGUACAUAAUAAACUAUACUCGACUGUGUACUGCAACUUCUGUACAGCACAGUUUAAGUCCAGAUCAGGUUUACGGCUACAUAUAGCUGCUGUACACGCGAUAGGAGAAGCUGGUUCACGAAAGUACAAAUGCGACGAAUGUGAUAAAAUGUUCAAAUGUUCCGCGGAUCUCAAAGUACACACUGUCAGUCAUACCAAAGAAAAAGCUUACUCCUGUGAUAUGUGUGGACAAAAGUUUGCAAGAAACAACAGUUUAACAGAACACAUGAAUAUUCAUUCGAGAAAAUUUCCCUGUGCUUAUUGUGAGAAAUGCUUCGGUCGAGAGCGGUAUUUAAAAGGACACGAGAGUACUUGUUCACUAAACCCUCUUCUGAACAAGGACAAGGUCGAUGUUGAGGAUAUUUACAGCAGCAACCAUGAACACACAACUGUUAUUAUUACAAAGAAUGAGGGUAAAGAUGUAUGUACUCCUCUGCAGAUUGUACACGCUACUCCGAGUGGUGUACUGACGCUUCCUAGUGUAACACUGACUCUACUGAAGGAUCCGGGCAGAGACUAAAUUGUGCCCCGAGCAAAGCUGAAAGUGCGCAAGAUGUAUUCGGGGACCUUGCGCCUCUUCAAGUUAGAUAAAAGCAGUUCAACCUUUAAAUUUGGUCACUGAAAACUUAAUUUUCCCGCAUUUUUGGUUGUAGCUUCGGGGGAUUUAAACUUAAUGUUAUAGCAAUUAGAUAAGGUUUUAUAGGAGAAUGGGGCGCCAAAUAGCAGUUAAUACCAAAAAACAGUUAUUUAUUUUACCAAGAAUCCCUGGCAUUUUGUUUUCACUGUUAUUUAUGUAGAUUGAAAAUAUUGAGAUAUAUAUGUUUGUUUAUUCAAAUGUCACACUGUCAGUUAAUAGAUAUCCGUUUCCUAUUUAUGUGCCUAAAUACAUUGAAACUUUAACAA